AUGUAUGCCAGCGAACGUAAUGCAACCAAUUGGGGCUAUAUUGCCAUUAACGGCAGCACUUUGCGUGGCGCCAAAAAUGAUUGCUACUUGAUUUUUAUCGCGGGAGGCAAUGAUGAGUUGGUUGCCUUUCGCUUUCAGACGCUGCAACUCUCCGGCGGCUGCUCGGACUACAUAGAAAUAUUUCCGUUCUUGCGGGAGCCCGUUAUUGAGAACUCGACUAAUCCGGAUUAUGUUAUUUGCAAUCACACUACGAGUACUGUUACAUCGGCAAGUGUGUCAGCAUUAGCAUCUAAAUCGGCUGUCACACCGUUAGCAGCCAACAGGACUGUGGCAAGGAAAGCAAUGCAAACAACACAAGCGACGCAAACAACGCAUGCAACACAAGAGACGCCACCCACAACGGUUGCAGCCAAACAGAAAAUGAUGUCCGUUAAUGCCAAUGCAGCGUCAAUGGCGACAUCAGCCACCAAGAAGGCAACGCCAACGAUGAACGCUAUUGCCAACUAUGCGCAUUCAACGGUUAUUGCUGCCAAUAAUUCGGUUGCCGGCACUGUCGCUGAUUUACGUAGCAACGAGUUUAUUUAUAGUGCAGGCAAAUUUUUCGGUAUUCGCGUACGUUUCAAAGAACAACAACAAGAUAAAUCGCUACGAACUGAUGGUGACGAUGCCUUCGCUCUCAAAAAUUGGCUACUCAAUAUAACCGGAGAGUAUCGAUUCUUGAAGAAGGAAUAUUUUCAAAACGAUGGUCGCCUAAUACCCGGAUCAUAUUGUGACUAUUACUUUUUUGCUGAUGCCAAUGCAAAGCCCGAAAGUUUGGAAAUCUGGCAAUACUUCCAUUCGCCACGUUUUCCAGCGAAGUACCCAGCGCAUAUUAAAUGCGCUUAUAAAUUUAUUGGCAGACCUGAGAGUCGCGUAGAAAUAGUUUUUGAAGAGCUGCAGUUACCCAAAAAGGACAAAAGUUGCAGCAUAGACAAACUAACAGUUUUUGAUUCGGAAUCUGCCAAUAUGAAUGCCGUGAUUGAUGUCAUUUGUGAUGCGCUGCCAACCCGACGCAUAAUUAGUUCAGGCCCGGAUUUAUUAAUCGAAUUCAAUGCCAGUUCUAAUGUCACGGCCAAAGGAUUUCGUGGCAAAUUCAAAUUUAUACACAAUGAAAUAGAAGAUCCCAUCGCGCCAGCAAUUUUAAAGGAACAUACAACAGAAAAAUUCAUCGCCUUGGAAAGAAUCGGUUUACGUAAGGAAACUCAACAUCCCGUGCUCUCAGUCGAUGAAUGGACUAAAUUUUUCAAGAAUAACGAAAAUUGCAAGUUGACGUUUGAUUCGCGUGUAAACAAAUCAGGCCGCUUCGACACUGCUCAGCUGUUUCCAACUGUUCCCAACGUCAAUAUUAUUCCAGUGCUGUCGGCGUCUAAAGUACAGUGCCGAUUUGAGUUUUAUGGUGGCGCCGACGAAAGAGUGCAAAUAAAAUUUUUAGAUUUCCAUAUACCAGCGGAACACAAAAACUCAACGGAAUGCAAGCCCAAUGAUGCGUUGCAGUUGCUAAAUGAAGUACGAGGGAAAUAUGAGCCUGUUGAAACAUAUUGCGGAGCAUUUCUACCAAAGCCAAUUAUGUCGAAUGGGCCGAAGAUGUUAUUACAAUUUGUUGGUCGUUAUCCUCCGACUGGUUCAAAAAUCCAUUACUAUGGUUUUAAAGCGGAGUACAAGUUUGUGAGAAAUUUUGGAAUAUCAACAGGUCAACAAAUUGAUGACAAUUGUACCUUUACAUAUAACAGCACAGUUCGGAAAUCAGGCUGGUUCGGUUCGCCGAAUUUCCCCGGUUUUUAUCCACAAAAUCUCAUUUGCCAUUACUACUUCUAUGGCGAGCCUGAUGAGAGGGUCAUUAUACGCUUUACUUUCUUUGAUGUGGAGGGUAUUGGCACCUGUGAGCAUUUGACAGCCAGUGACUAUGUGGAGUUCUCAAACUUUAUGAGCACAGAUCGCAAGUAUGGUAAACACUGUGGUAAGCGAGAUAAAUUUGAGGUGCGGUCUGAUGGACGCUUUUUCCGCAUCUCAUUCUAUUCAAAUGAUCGGUUCGAUAAAACUGGCUUUCGCGCUCUAUACGACUUUGAAGGAAAAAAUUUGCGUGUAGAAAACACUUCCAUGCAAAGUUAUGUAUCCACUGCCAACAUUGUUUUCAAACCUCUACGCAGCCUUCAAGUAACACUUACUAUAAUAUUAAUGUUUCAAAUUAUGUACGAUCGCAAUAUGUAACAAUUAUUAGAUUUUACGUG